AGCGAAGCACACUCGACAUAAAUGGAAGCGAGGGUCGUAUCUCAAGCCGCAUGCGGUAACGACAAGGUCGUCAAGAUCGUUGUUUCGAGUCGGAAAGCAUUGGCCAAAUACAAACCCGAGAGAGACGAGACGACAGUCGUGGUGGCCGAUGACGUCUGCUCCGACAAGGACAUGGACGAGAUCAAGACUUACUGCGACCAGUUGGGUUAUGAAUACGAAGGUCGCCUUAACGAAGAGUAUGAACAGGGCAACGUAGGCCCCGGUUUGGUCUGAACUCUGAUUAGCUUCGAUAUGAAAUCUUGAUUUUCAACUUAACCAAAGUCGGAAUGGCUUUCUUUUUAUAUUUAUUCAUUUGGGUUUGUGUUAGAACUAGCUCGUUUUAUAGCAUGUUGUUC